AUCAUGACUACCAAAGUUGGAUACGAAUGGCUAUUGAAUAAUGUUGACUCUCUUCAUCGCUUUAGUUGGGAUCACGUACAGUCAAUCUUGCUAAGCAAUGCUCAAUCUGCCAUUAAUGCUUUUCACCGUGGAACUAUUUGUGAGACAGUCAAGAGUUGCUUGGAAAACCCCGAUUUAUUACUCGAGUAUUACCGAACUACAGAUCCACUUGUUAUCUUACUAGUGGUAUCGGGGGUAUUUGCAUAUAUUCAUUAUAUUGUGUCAGAACUGACAAAGAAUUAUAGUCAAGUUGACAAAUCAUGGUCCAUCUUACCAGCUCUAUAUGCCUGGCACUUUGCCUUGCAUGAUUACCUAAACAGAGGUUCAUUUCAUCCGCGACUUUUAGUCGCUUCUUUGCUUAUUACCAUAUGGGGAGCACGUCUUACAUAUAAUUUUGCAAGAAAGGGAGGGUAUGAGUGGAAGGGUCAGGACUACCGUUACCCUUACAUCGCUGAAAAGAUUGGUCCUUUGGCUAUGGCUAUUCUCAACCUUACCGUGAUUGCCCCCUUUCAGGAUCUCUUGUUGGCUUUGAUAGUCACUCCUCUUUACCUCACCAACUUAUCUGGUCUAUCAAAAGAUAACAUUGGGCUGACAAAUAUUGAUUUUGCUGCUAUUACUCUUCACCUGUCUCUAUUGUUGUUUGAAGUGAUCGCGGAUGACCAACAAUUUCUCUUCCAGACACGAAAGCACGCUGUCCUUGAUUACGUAGAUAAAUCAAAGUUGUCUGGUGACUACAAGCGUGGAUUUUUGUCAGAAUCUGGUCUGUGGAAGUACAGCAGACAUCCCAAUUUUUUUGCAGAGAUGAGCAUGUGGUGGACUAUCUAUCUUUUCUCUGUUGCAACCAUUCGACAGGCGGGUUUGACUGAAGUGGUUGGGUCCUAUCUAAAUUGGACAGUAGUCGGUGCAUUUACUUUGACGUUGCUCUUCCAAGGAAGUACUUUUCUUACAGAGUAUAUAUCUGCUGAAAAGUACCCGGAUUACAAAGAGUAUCAGCAAUCUGUAAACCGAUUUAUUCCUUGGUUCCCAAAUAGAUCUAUUACUGCCGAUGAUUCAAAGAAGAAUAACUAGAAAUUAUUCAAGAACACACCUUGUUGCAAGAGACUUUGGUGGAAAGGGAUAAGCUAAUUUCUCAUAGUUGCUUUUAUGAAUAUAUCAAUAGUAUUCAAUAUAUCUUAUUUUUGAUAGCUGUAAAUAGCUUUUUUUUUAAAAAAAAAUGAAUGAAUCCCAAUAAAAAGACAUUUGGUGUAUUUCUUUAAUAU